AUCUUUUCAUUUAUUUGAAUAUUAUUCCUCACAAUUGUGGUUAGGACAGACAUGAAACAAAAUUGAUCUAAAAGUGGAUCAUCCUGUAACUUAGUCUUAAACACAAUGAAGUUGAGUUUGCGGGGGAUCUUAUUGUUCGUUCUUCUCAUAUUCUUCAUCAAUUAUUACAUUGGGCAUUUACGGAUGGAACAAUCGAGUCACCUCCUAAAAUUUGCCUCAUCAUUCAUUCCGAGUUACUAUACACAGCGAGGAGCACAAAGCGGAACCACAAAUUCAACGGACUUAGCUAAAUUCAUGCGAAGCCGUGAAAUUCUUUACGAAAAACGGCGUAAACGUGUUAAUGACGUAUGUCUAAAGUAUGGUCAAGAUCUUCACCGCAGAGAUGAUCAGAUAGCAGGUAGCUUUAUGGUUUCCGAAGAGAAUCUUAUUGUAUAUUGCCGAAUGGGCAAGGUGGGUUCAUCGACGUGGAUGCAAUAUUUCUUGAACAUGGACAAAUCAGACGAUUUGAAAGCACAAAUCAAAGAUGGAGCAUCUCCGCAUUCUUGUAUUUCUCGUCACUUCAGAUUAUAUCCAAGGGAAAUCAUCCACGAAUACAACGCUUAUCUACUUGUCGUGUUUGUGCGACAUCCAUUUGAGAGGCUGGCAUCAGCUUUCGAAGACAAGAUCAAUUCUACAAGAGAUGAGCAAUUUACAUCUUGGCGAAAAAAAUUUACAAAGACUUAUGGUGACUUGAGCUUCAAUUCAUUUAUACAACACGUUUUGUACGAAUUCGAAAGCUCGUGUUCUUUAGCAGAUUGCAAAGUCAAUCACCAUUGGCAGCCGUUCUAUGACCAGUGUGGCUUUUGCAACGUUUCCUUUGACGUGAUUGGAACCUUGGACGAAUUUCAAUCUGAUAUGAUUUAUAUACAAGAACGGCUUCACCGCCCUAAUAUUUUCAAUUUAACUAUUCGAGCCAAUUCCGCACUUCAAACAUCACAAGAGAGCACAAUUCGCGAAAAAACUUUGGAGUAUUUUAAGGAGUUGAAGAAGGAGCAAAUCCGCCUUCUUCUGCAUCAUUAUCAAAUUGAUUUUGAAUUAUUUGGAUAUGAAAGCGAUGAAUAUCAAAUAGAUAUGCAGUUGUAAAA